CUUUUUUAUCACCAUCGUACGUUAUAUUGACACUAUACUCUAGGAUGAUCAGCAAAAUCGACUAACCACUUUGUUUUUGAAUCCAUCGUAGAUGAAGUUCUCUCUUCUUGCCUUGACCGCCCUCGCCAGCGUCGCCACUGCCGACUACUACUCAGUCAACUUCAUGCCAUGGGGAACAACCAAAGCCCCCACUGGAGCUGUUACUUCCACCUACGUCAACCCUACCUUGAUCGAUGAUGCCGCUGGCAACAGCUGUGCUCAAGGUGGUUUGAUUGUUCUCGACAGCAAGAUUGACUGGAUCUACUAUGCCAACUGCUCUGGUGUCGCAGCUCAUUUCGGUCUCGUCUCUGGAAAGAGCGAGCUCGAGUAUGUUUUGAACGCUGACAAGGAUGUCUAUCCUUGCCUCGAAGUUGGUUCUGGAAGCGUCCCCGUCAGCUUCACCAACUACGUUUGCUCCAAGACUUUCACCGCCUCCAAGAAGGUCACCGUCCCCAAGCUCUCUACUCCUUCCUCUGCCACCGCCGAACCUUCCAUCGCUACCAUCACCCUCACUUCCGCCACCCCUGCUCCUACCUGCACCAGCGGUUACAGUGGUAAGCGUAACGGUGGUGGCCCCACCGGCGCCUGCUGUACCGCCAGCGAUGACUGCCAUCAGAGCUGCCACAACGGUAUCUGCAAAACUCUUUAAAUUAUAGAACAUGUAGACCCAUUUAGUUUUCUAUGCGUGUUCAUAAACGACCCAUUGUUUUUAAAUACGUCGUUAUAUGUGCAGACAUAAACGACUAAUAAUAAUGAUAUUAAAGAGCUGGUUUCCGGAUAUAUGAUUUUAUAACGCACAAAAGAG